AUGGCGACCGAACGAUCUCUGGCUACCCUGCUGCGGUCGCUGCAGACGACUUCCAGUUUCCAAGAUGCUGCCGGUCUUCUUCCUACGGCUACUAGCUUCCUGUCUAUGCUGGGAAAUCCUCUAAACUUGACUCUUCUUUCUUCACAGCUUCUUACGGCACCUUCCCUUUGGAGCCACCCCGUCGACCUACAGGCAUGCCGCAAAAUCCUCAGCGUCUUCAACACCUCCGCCAUCGCUGUUUUACAGAAUGAUACCACCGACGAACCGCGCAUACCGUAUGGACGGAAUAGAAAGAUCGAGUGCGAAGCGUGGGUCAAGGCGGUUGCGGAGGGCGCCGACGAGAAGUCCCCGCGGUGGAGGCACAUGCUUCUGCUAGGUGGAAUCCUGAUGGGAUUCGAGGGACAGAACCGACAAGGCUUACCACGGCAUAUACGGAUUAAACUCGAAUCAGCACUUGCGACGGCGGCACAAUUGGCGCUACAAGAAUUAGGCCCGGAGACCGGCAUCGAUGGCCAGUGUAUCACUAUGGUCUUGAACUAUACCUUUGAGCUGCUGUCGGAUUUCGAGAGGGGCAAGCUCGACUACGAUCGCUUGCUUCCGGCGAUGAUUCAAUCGGCGUUCUUUUCUUCCGAGGGCCUUGAGGGUGGAUACUUUUUGGGAUCUAUCGAUCAGGAUGUUGUUGAGGCUCCCGGGAAACAGUUCAAGUGGUCUUCCAAUUCUCCGACAUUUGCGAUCGUAUCCGCGGUAUCUGCUCGUCCUCUUGUAUCAACACUUGGUCCUCUGUCACGUCUUAUAUCACAUUCCAUUGAUAAUGUGCAAGAUCCAAGAAUCGUUGCUCAUACCGUUGAUUACUUAGCGGACUUUGUUCGGACGCUUAUGGUGCAAUGGCGGCAGAAUAAAUUGUCCGAGAUUGAUGUUGCGGAGGAAGUCGAGUUUUUAGACGCUGAAUCGCGGGAAAUCACUCUUCCUGCGCUUUGGAAGACAUUACGAAAUUGCUUAUACUCAAUCGUUAUCACUCUCCGGGCUGUGCUGGGGAGAACCAUCAAUGAUCCGGCUCUUGCUGCUAGCAGUAGUAAGUUGCACUCCAAUGAUGAUUAUCACUAUGGGACUGACUUUGACAAUUCAGGUGCUCCGUAUUUAUCGAUGCAGUGUCUUCAUAUUCUUCGCAAUAUGUAUUUCAUAUCUUCUCGAAUCGGCCAGAAUGCUUCGUCGCAACAGACAUUCGUGCUCUUGACGGCCAUCGAUAUUCUUUCACAAUAUCCUGUCCUCGCCGAGAACUUUCUGCGAAGUAUCAAGCCAAGCGAUCUUGGCCAGAUUCCUGCUCAUCCAGUCGAACGAUGUCUAGACCUGUUCUUCUUGAAUGUCGCAGAACACUUUCCUCUGGUUUUAUCCCCGGAGACAAGCGAGGAAUUGCUCUUAGCUGCUGCUUUCCCUUAUCUUGCUGCGGGUGCCAACAGCCUUCUUUUGGAGAUUUUCGAAGCUGCUCACAGCUUAGUGCUUGUUGUUUUUGCUAUUCCUCAUAACUCGGAAUUAGCUGCCAAACACCUCCCCUUUUAUAUUGAAAACCUUUUUGCAGUUUUCCCCAACAACCUUUCCGCGCGCCAAUUCCGCCUUGCUUUCAAAACCGUCAUACAGAUUACAGCACCUCCUUCACCCUUAGCGAAUACCCAACCUCUUCUACCCUCCAUCUUGUUGGAAGUUGUUCAUGACCGUGCGUUGAACGCAUCCUCUACUCUGAUCCCACAGAAAAGUCCAAACCCGGACAUGAGCCAAAGUCCACCUGUUUCUGAACAAGCAGUUCUGACACUAGCCCUUCUCGAUUCCCUUGCGUUCCUUCGGGUCGAUGAUCUCAAAGAAUGGCUCCCCCUAGCAGCGCAGCUGAUCAAUGCAAUCUCUGACCGGAGCAUGCGCCACACUUGUAUUGACCGGUUCUGGGAAGCCUUGGCCGGUGGUGAGAUGGAUGUCGAUCGCGCCCACUGCUGUGUCACUUGGUGGAGCACCGAGGGCGGGCGUGAACUCGUCCUUUUCGGUGCCGAGACUGCCAACGGCGCUCCAGGCGAGUCAGAUGAUAGCGGACCUUACAUGAGUGGCGCAGUUGGAGAUGUGGCGCCCGAAAGUAAGCUAUAA